AUGGGUGAUAACCUGGAUAAAAUAUUUUCCAAGAAGGAACGAUUUUUCAAAGAAAUAAUUGAAACGAACUGCAUAUUCGUGAAGGAGCUAAAGAACUGGGUUGGUACGAAUUACAUCAAGAGGUUGAAGCUGAAAAAGGAGUCCCUGAAGCUGACCCCUAAAUUGUUAAUAAACCGGACCAAGUCGAAAGCGAGCCGCUGUCGAGUGUGCGGAUUUGCGAUCGAAAAGAACAACUUACGAAUUGGAUACCCGACGAAGGACCCUAGGGGGAACUACGGUUUUAUAAGUUGCUGGGUUCAUCUGGACUGCAGCAAAAAAAUCCUCUACGCCAUUUUGUACACUCAAGAAAAUGAACCUCACUUGAAGGCGUACCUAAGCAAGUCGGAACAUACUGUGUGUGAGGGGAACUACAAUUUGCAUGAACAGUUCAUAUAUGAAAACAUAAAUUGGGAAUUUUUUUUUGGAGGAUUUGACGAACUGGAUGAGGAAGAAAAGGAAAAGUUAAAGGAAACGGCCAAGCCGUUUGAAGUGAAGAAUGGAAUAAAAGGGAGGAACAGUUUUGAGGCGCUGAUAAAUCUGGAGAAAGAAGCAUUCAGUGAAAGCAGUUUGAUUAAGCAAGAAAGUCGAGUUAUUGAGAAUAAAUUAAAAAUUCCAAAGGAGCUUAAAUUUGAUUUGUUGGAAUAUCAGAAGGAGGGAGUGUCUUGGAUGAUUAACCAGGAACAGUCCAGCGUUAAGGGGGGCAUCCUAGCAGAUGAAAUGGGCAUGGGGAAAACCAUACAGGCCAUUACGCUAAUAUUGUGCCAGAAAAUUAAUAAAUUAAAGGGGGAAUCAUAUCCAUGCUGCGAUGAAGGUGUUAGUGAGGCGGCAAAAAUGGAGUGUGCAUCGGGUGGACAAGUCAAAGUGAAGGAGGAGUCGGACAACAGCGUGGUGGUUAUUAGCAGCGGGGCAGGAAGUUUCGAGGAUGCACCAAAUGUUAAGAAGGAAAACCCUAACGGGGGAAAAUCCAAGAAAGGGGCACCCCGAAAGAGGGGAACUGCCAAGCAGGAACAGCCUCACAAGGGUAACACCAAGAGUGAAAAGGAGGAAAACCCUGCGAACACUAAAAAGGAUGAAAACCAAGGACAGACACUGAUCAUUGCGCCCAUUGCAGCGGUAAUGCAGUGGAAAUCUGAAAUAGAAAAAUUCAUCGAAGGAGAUAUCCUAAAAGUGUACGUAUAUCAUGGAAGCGUAAAAAAAGUAUCAUUCGAGGAACUGAAAAAGUAUGACAUAAUUAUUACGUCAUAUGCAAUGGUAGAGGUGCACUUUAGAAAAAUAAUAAACAAGCACAAAGUUUCGUGUGAGUAUUGCGGUAGGUUAUAUCUGCCCAACACGCUGGUGCUUCAUAAGAAGUACUUUUGUGGACCAGAUGCUGUCAGAACGGAAAAGUUAAAAAAGAGAAAAAAAAAAAAUAAGGACACUGCACUAGUGGCUAUGAAAAAGUUUGAUGAUAAUUUUGUGCCGACGCCGAGAAAUGUUCUCCUGCAAAUAAUGAAUGAAAGUAAGACGGAUAGUAAAGGGGGUGAAGAGGCCCAUUCGGGAAAGGGGAAGAAGAAAAGGGGUAACCCCAAAAAGGAGGAAAAUCACAUCAGUGGAAGAAGCGGCCGCACCGGAAGCGAUGCCAUUAUUGUCAGCUCGGGGGAGGAACCAGAAGAAAGUGAAAGCAGCUCCGUGUCGAACAAGCCGGUGUAUUCCCCCCUGACGAGGAAAACGUCCAGCAGAGUAAUAGACCUGUGCAACUUAGGAUUUGAAAAGGAAGUAAUUGACAAGAGGGUCAGCAGCACACACAAAGGAAAGGGAAGAAAUAAAAGGAACAUAAAGUGGAAUGAAGUCAUUAGGGAUAUAUUGCAAAAUGACUUGUACACCGUAGAUAUGAAUAGCCGUUGUAAGGAUGUGCUGAAGGAAAUUUAUUUAAGUGAUACGGUCAUAGAGGAGGAAGAAUUGAAGAGGCUAAACAUGGGGGAACUGAAGGUUCUUCUGAUUACGAUGGGGAAACAUAUUUUUGGAACGAAGAUUGAGCUGAUCAACAGGGUUUUAGUUUCUGCUAGGUAUAUAAGGCAGGAACUGAUGUUAACAAAGGGGGAAGUGCAAAGUGAAGUGAUUUCCAAAUCGGAGGGCAGAGAGAAGGGGACGCUCAGCAGUAUGAGCAGCACCGCGUCGAGCAUUGCAGGGUUGGGGGUGGCGCGUGGUGACAACAAUGGUGGUAAUGGUCGUAAUGGUGGUAAUAGUGGUGAUGGUGGUGGAACUGCCUCUCAUGCGGAUGAUCCCCCUGAUGAGGAGGAUAACCUUGGGGAGGAGAACGAAACGGUGAAGCGAAGCAAAAGUGGCAGAGUACGCCGGACCAGGGCGAAAAGUAAUCAUGUGAGAAGGAAGACAACGGGAGGGAGUUCCUGCACGUUGAAGAAGGGCAGGGAGGUGAAGUCCACUGCUAAGAGGAGAAACAGCUCAACCGCCAAGGUGAAAUUGAAACGGAGAAGGAAGAGCAAUAGUAGUGUAAUGGACGGAAGUGCCAGUCCAAGUGACAGUGAUGAAUCGUUUAGGAUAGAUGACCUUGGGAGUGAGGCAGAAGCGUCAUCCUCCUUCUCCUCAUGGGAGGACAAUGCGGAAGGGGACACAAGCAAUUCAUACGAAUCGGCUGCAUCGUACGGUUCGAUCAUUGUUGAAAGGGCGAAGAGGAAAAAAAAAAAUCAGAAAAGUGCCGAAGGGAGUAUAUUUGAUGAGAGUGCUCUGCAUCAUAUACACUGGAAUAGAAUUAUUCUAGACGAAGCGCAUAGAAUAAAAAAUAGGAACACAUCAACAACGCAGUCGAUUUUUAAUUUAAAGUGUUCGGGUUAUCGGUGGUGUUUGACCGGAACUCCGUUACAAAACCGAAUAGGAGAGUUAUAUAGCCUGAUCAGGUUUCUUGAGUUUUACCCGUAUGCAUAUUAUUUCUGUUCGAAGAAGGAUUGUAAAUGUAUGUUACUGAACUACGAAAUGAAGGACAAUAAGUUUUGCUUCCUCUGUGAGCAUUCCAGGAUUAACCACUUCAAUUAUUUCAACAAAAGGAUUCUGAGACCUAUACAGCUGUUUGGUUACAACGGGGAGGGCGUCAGCAGUAUGUCCUAUUUGAAGAGUGAAGUGUUGGACAAGAUAUUGCUAAGAAGAACGAAAGGAGAACGAAAAAAUGACAUCAAAUUGAAGCCACUACAAAUUACCAUAAGGAAGGAUAAAUUAUCAAAUGAGGAGAAGGAUUUUUAUGAAUCCCUCUACAAACAGACGUCAACCCAGUUUGAUACUUACGUGAAGUCCAACACCGUUUUGCACAACUAUGCACAUAUUUUCGACUUGCUGAGCAGGUUAAGACAAGCUGCCGAUCAUCCUUACCUGAUUCUGUUUGGGAAUUCUUUCCUUAGUGACCCGUCAGGAAAAUUCAUAAAAAAGAAUUCGUCCAUUAUUCCUGCCAUUUCGAACGACUACGUGUGUGGCAUCUGUUUGGAAAACGUCCCCAAGAAGAUCAACAUCAGUAGCAAGUGCAAUCACAAUUUUCACAAGGCCUGUCUGAAGCAGUACGUUGAGAGUUUUCAGGUGACACAUAAAGGUCAUGAUAACGUUCGUGGUGAUGAUAACGUUUGUGGUGAUGACGAUGUGGAUUGUCAUAGGGUCGGCACAGUAGUAACGAAAGCGAAAACGUUCCAUGUGGGGGACGAGUCAGACCAAAACGAAGAACUUCUCUACGACAGAAACGAAAUCGUAUUCAAUGAAGAGCCAUCCGUCAGUAGUAGCGCCAACGAAGCAGCUGCAAAGAAAUUAGAUAAAAAAGCCAAAUCCAUUUCGGUGGUCAAAUUUAAGGAUAAAGAGAAGAAACAAUUCGUUAGUCUGUUAAGUAAAGAGGAAACAUCUGUGCAGGAUUUACCCCUCGGUUGUCCAGUGUGUUAUGUUCCCCUAACCGUCGAUUUUAACCUGCUUAACCAAGUGGAAGAAAAUGACGAUGAAGAAAUAAUUGUCUGCAAAGAGGAAACUACCUACAUUAAUAAAAGUUUCAUUAACCGAAUAAAUACGCAGGAGUAUCGGUCAAGUACUAAAAUAGAAGCAGUCUUUGAGGAGGUGCAAAACGUCAUUACUACGACGGAUGAUAAAUGUUUGAUAUUUUCACAGUAUUGUUCUAUGCUUGAUUUGAUAGAGUACCAUUUGAAAAAGCACAACAUCAUAUGUUCGAAGCUGCUGGGGUAUAUGUCUAUGGUGUCUAGGAAUAAUAUCCUUUACAAUUUUAACGAGGAUAAGCAUUUGCGUGUUUUGCUUAUCAGUUUGAAGGCCGGUGGUGAGGGAUUAAAUUUGCAAGUGGCCAACAGAAUAUUUAUUGUUGAUCCGUGGUGGAACCCCGCUGCGGAGUUGCAGGCCAUUCAGAGGGCCCACCGAAUUGGCCAAACGAAGACCGUGUAUGCCACACGCUUCAUCAUAGAGAACACCGUUGAGGAGAAAAUUGUACAACUGCAGAAUAAGAAGCAGCUCGUUUUUGAUUGCACCAUUGGGGACUCGGGCAACGCCAUGCAGAAGUUGACGAAGGAAGACUUGGCGUUCCUCUUCCACGCGUAG